GCGCUCGCGAGCGCGUGCGGGGUCGCGCUGGCUCGCUCGCCACCUUCGGCGGCGUGCCUGCGUCCGCUGCGCCGCGAGCUCGCUGGGCUCCUGGGCUCCUGGGCAUCAGUGCCACGCCGGCUGAACAGCACCGCGCCGCCUCCACGUGGCGCUCGGAGCUCGUUCGCACCGUGCAGCGGCAGUCCGAGGGCCACGACGAUGUCGUGGCUGAUUGGCUGCUGAAGGGCGCGCCGAUGGGGGUCAGUCCGGAGGUCCAGCCCGGCGGGUUUUUCCCGGCGGCCGUCUCCGAGGCGUCGCUGGGCGCGUCGGGGCUCCUCGAACGCGCGGUGGACCUCGAGAACCACCCGUCGUUCCACGAGCGGCGCGGGCAGGUUCGGCCGCCGGGCGUGGGGCAGGUGCGAGGUUUGGUCGACCAGGGCUUCGGGGUUCUCUUCGGGGGCCGCGCGGCGGCAGAGUCGUAUUACUCCGCCCCCGUCUUCCUCGCGUCUCUUGGCAUUAUCUCCCGCGAGAAGCCCAAUUGCACGACCGAGCGCCGCGUUGUCCAAGUCCUCGAUCUUGCGAACUCGGCGGUGACCCUUGCGGGGCGCCAGGCCCUGCUUGCGAUCAUCGACCACGCCCUGGACGUCGCGCUGCUCUCCUCGCGGACGCAGGCGGGCGACGUGACCUGGGCGCUCGCGCUCGACGUCGCAGGCGCCCUCGUGUCGGCCCACGUGCGCCCGGGCGAACGGCCGUUCAAGUGCGCCCGCGUCGGCAACGGGCUCAGGCGGCGCAGGCCGGCGGUCUACCCGCAGGCCUGGCCCCGCCCGUUCGCGCGGUCCGAGGCGGGCCGCGCGGCCGCGGCCCCAGGCCGCCGGCAGCUGUGCUAUGGCGAUCCAGUCCUUGCUGCGACAGGCGAGCCGGCAGCGGCGCAGCUGGCGAUCGACCUCGCGCUCACGUGGUGGCUCCUUCUCGGGGCGCCGCUGGCGUGGAAAAGGGGGCGCUCUACGAGCGCGAGCAUCAGUGGGUCGGGGCCAGGUUCGUCGCGUGCGCGCCGGGCGAGGUGCGCGUCUUCUGGCCCCCGGGUUUCCUGGCGGACCUUUGAGCUCCUUGAGCCCUUCGCCGCUCGCACUGGCCACGCAUCGCUGGCGGCGGCCCGCCGCGUCUUCGGAGAGUGCGCGCGUGUUGCAUGUGUGGUGCCCGACGCGGCGCCGUUUGCGGCCUCCCUGUGGGGUGCCCUCGGCGGGGCUGCAGCAGCGGGCCGCGAGGCGCCGCCUGGCCGCCGGGCCUGCCGCAGGUUCGGCGAUGCCGCGAAGUGGAUGCGGGCGCUCGUUGGCCCCGAGGGCUUCGACCUACCCCCCCUCCGGCGCGUCGUUCGCGUCGACGCCGGGCGUCCACCGCAGGCCGACGCUGCGGUGAAGUUCGAUCCGUCGCCGUGGGGCGGCGGCGCGACGCUCUGCCGGCGCGGCGCCCGGGUGCAGUGCUUUGCCGUCGCGUGUGCGUCCGACGUUUGCGACCUCAUGGGCGGUGUGUGCGCGGGCGACCCUAAUCACCGAUCGUUCUGGGAGUACUUCGCGGUGCUGCUGGUGCUCUGCGUGUGGGGCGACUUUUUCCGCGCCGAGGGCGUGCACAAACACGUCGCCCGCGAGAUCGCCCGGCGGCGUGCUCGGCGCCGGUGGGAAUGCGUCGUCUCGCGCAUGCCGGCGGAGCACAACGUGUCCGCCGACGCGCUCUCCCGGCUGUCCGCGCCAGACCGCCCCGAGCUUCCCGCGGAGCUCGCCGAGGCGGAGCGAGUUGGCGCGCCUUGCGUUCCUGAGCUCGUCGUGGCGCUGAGGGCGCCCCUGGGCCAGCGGGCGCC